UCAAAAUGCUGAACUGCUUCUGGAAGUCGCUGGUGCUGUGGUAGUUGGAGUCUGUUUUCGGGCCUGAGCCUCGAGGCCAGGCUCCUGGGUGUCGUUAAUGUUCGGGGCCGCCGGGCGCCAACCGAUCGGAGCUCCAGCCGCCGGGAACAGCUGGCAUUUCAGUCGAACCAUGGAAGAACUGGUUCAUGAUCUUGUCUCAGCGUUGGAAGAGAGCUCAGAGCAAGCUCGGGGUGGAUUUGCCGAAACGGGAGAUCAUUCUCGAAGUAUAUCUUGCCCUCUGAAACGCCAGGCAAGGAAAAGGAGAGGGAGGAAACGGAGAUCAUAUAAUGUUCACCACCCAUGGGAGCCUGGUCACUGCUUAAGUGAAGGCUCCGAUUCUAGUUUAGAGGAGCCAAGCAAGGACUAUAGAGAGAAUCACAACAAUAACAAAAAAGAUCAUAGUGACUCUGAUGACCAAAUGUUAGUGGCUAAGCGCAGGCCAUCAUCAAACUUAAACAAUAAUGUCCGAGGAAAAAGGCCUCUGUGGCACGAAUCUGAUUUUGCUGUGGACAACCUUGGGAACAGAACUCUGCGCAGAAGGAGAAAGGUAAAACGCAUGGCCGUGGACCUCCCACAGGACGUCUCUAACAAACGGACAGUGGCCCAGCCCCUUGAAGGUUGUAGGGAUCAGGACAUGGACAACGAUAGAGCUCACCAAUAUCAAGAGUUUACCAAGAACAAAGUCAAAAAGAGGAAAUUGAAAAUAAUUAGACAAGGCCCAAAAAUCCAAGAUGAAGGAGUCGUUUUAGAAAGUGAGGAAAUAAGCCAGACCAGUAAGGACAAAAUGGACUAUGAAGAGCAAAAAGUCUCAGAUGAACUCAUGAGUGAAAGUGAUUCCAGCAGCCUCAGCAGCACUGAUGCUGGUUUAUUUACCAAUGAUGAGGGAAGACAAGGUGACGAUGAGCAGAGUGACUGGUUUUAUGAGAAGGAGUCAGGGGGAGCGUGUGGCAUCGCUGGCGUCGUGCCCUGGUGGGAAAACGAGGAUCCUACCGAGCUCGACAAGAAUUUGCCAGAUCCUGUCUUUGAAAGUAUCUUAACUGGUUCUUUCCCUCUUAUGUCGCAACCGGGAAGAAGAGGUUUCCAAGCUAGACUCAGUCGCCUUCAUGGACUGCCUUCCAAGAACAUUAAAAAAUCAGGAGGGACCACAACUUCAAUGGUGGGCACCCCAGGCCCCAUCAGUAACAAGAGGAUGAUUCACUUUUCACCAGAUUCUCAUCACCAUGACCAUUGGUUUAGCCCUGGCGCUAGGACAGAGCACGGCCAGCAUCAGCUUCUGAGAGAUAACCGAGCUGAAAGAGGACACAAGAAAAACUCUUCUGUGAAAACAGCCAGCAGGCAAACAAGCAUGCAUUUGGGAUCCUUAUGCACUGGAGAUAUCAAACGCAGAAGAAAAGCUGCACCUCUGCCUGGACCUACCACAGCAGGAUUUGUAGGAGAAAAUGCCCAGCCAAUCCUAGAAAGCAACAUUGGAAACCGGAUGCUCCAGAAUAUGGGCUGGACACCCGGGUCAGGCCUUGGACGAGACGGCAAAGGGAUCGCGGAGCCGAUUCAAGCCAUGCAGAGGCCAAAAGGAUUAGGUCUCGGAUUUCCUCUACCAAAAAGCACCCCUGCACCUGCCACUCCCAAUUCAGGAAAACCCGCCUGAGAAGAAAAAGAAAGAAGAAAUAUUUUACAGUUUUUAUUCAGUAUAUAUAUAUAUGUAUAUGUAUACAUAUAUAUGUAUAUGUAUAUUCCAUUGUCCUAAAAUUACAACAUAGCUUCCGUUUUUGAAGCAGAAA